AGCCGCGACAGUUUUGUGUUGAGCGUGGUGCCGUUCGGAAGUGGGAUUGUACGCUUAGCUCAUCAAUCGCGGAGAGAAUGGGAAAAGUUUGAGAGUGAUUUUUUGGCAUUAAAAUAGUCCCUUCCGCGGAUCCCAUAGUGUUGUAGGUAUAUGGAAAUGUAUUGGCGAAAUGGCCAGAAUAUCUAGUUUAGUGUAUCAUUCAAAUUUGAGUGGGAAUAGUGUUAAAAAUAGUGCACUUCUUUGUUUCCCCAGACAUUUGUUUAGGCUUAUUGUGAGACAAUGUGUUGAUGUGCCCAAGUGUAUCAGUCAGCAUCUAAGUGAUUACCAUUUGGUCAGUUAUGGAAGAGUCAUCAGUAACUUACUCCUGUGCAUCAUAUUGCUAAAUGUUUUGUUUGUGGAUUUUGGCGACGCCCAUGGAAUUCAUCUAACAAAUGAACGAAUCCAUCCAGCGGAGCAAUUUUCUUCAUUCACAUUAAUUAGACCACGGGUGAUUCAUGGACGACACAAGAGAUCGAUUAACACCACACUGGAGGAGGAUGGCCUCCAUGCAACCCACAUCACGUUGUCAUUUGAGAAGGCGAAUGGGGAGGAUAUUGUGCUGGAUUUGCAAUUGAAUGAGGACCUUCUGCCUCAAGGGCAUUUCCUGCACUACCAAGAUGGACUUGGUGGGCAUCGGAUUAGGAAUUUUACGAGGCGUGAGGACUCGGAUCACUGUCACUAUUUGGGCAGGAUACGAGGCAACAAACACUCAAGAGCAGCCAUCUCAACCUGCAAUGGCAUUCGAGGUGUGAUAUUCGAUGGCGAGGAGACCUUCUAUGUGGAAUCCAAGCCAGAUAGUCAAUUGCAUUCCGAUCAUUUUCUCUACAGCCACUCUGACAUGGAAGGUGGUGGAAAGUGUGGCUAUGAAGGCACAAAAGAAAGCCAGAAUGGCACAAAUGAACUGAAACACUCUGAAUUUAAUAGAAUUUUAAGGUAUAAGCGGUCUGCGGAGGAUAGUGAGACAAUUCGUGGUCCCUACAAUGCCAAUCGCGAUUCAUCAUUCGUUGAAUUGCUCCUUGUAGUGGAUAACAAGGUGUACAAUGCCUUGGGUCAGAACCUCAAGAAGGUUCACAAUCACUGCAAGACGAUAGCCAACAUCAUCAAUGCUCUCUACAUGCCAUUGAAUAUUUUUAUUGCCUUAAUUGGUGUCGUGGUGUGGACGGAUUCAAAUGAGGUGGAAUUGACAAGUGAUGGGGAUAAGACACUCAAGAACUUCCUCUACUACCGCAAGAAGGUGCUAGUCCAGAAAUAUCCCAAUGACAAUGCUCAGCUUUUGACACGGGAGCAAUUUGAUGGGGGCGUGGUGGGAAAGGCGCUCAAGGGGCCCAUUUGUACUUAUGAAUUUUCCGGUGGGGUAUCCAUGGAUCACAGUCAGAUAAUUGGGGUUGUGGCCACGACUGUUGCCCAUGAAAUGGGCCACAAUUUUGGCAUGGAGCAUGAUUCGGCGGACUGUAAGUGCGAGGAUGAAAGGUGCAUUAUGUCUGCAUCGAGCUCUUCCGUAGCCCCAAAGCACUGGAGCUCUUGCAGUAUCGAUCAACUCAAUCUGGCCUUCCAUCAUGGCAUGAACCACUGCCUCAAGAAUCGCCCUACGCGACUCUUCGACAGUCCCCAGUGCGGGAAUGGAUUUGUGGAGAAGGGUGAGCAGUGUGACUGCGGAUUGCCGGAAUAUUGUGAAAAUUCCUGCUGCGAUCCCUUCACCUGCAUGCUCCAUGCCAAUGCCAGCUGCGCCACAGGUGAAUGCUGCGACCUCGACACGUGCCGCCCGCGAACCGCAGGCACAGUCUGCAGAUCGGCAGAUGGCGAGUGCGAUCUGCCUGAAUUCUGCACCGGGGAAUCCGAAUACUGCCCUAAUGAUGUGUUCAAGCGCGACACUGAGGAGUGCGAUGGGGGCAAGGCGUAUUGCUACCAGGGUUCGUGCAGAUCGCGAGCAGAUCAGUGCAAGGUGCUCUGGGGUCCCUCAGGUAACUCAUCGGACGAGUGCUAUAGUAAAAAUAUUGAUGGAACCCGCCAUGGAAAUUGCGGAUUUGAACGAUUUUCCAAUCAAUAUAUCAACUGCAGUCCUGAAGACAUUUACUGCGGAAUGCUGCACUGUCGGCACUUGAAUGAGAGAUUGGAGUUCGGGAUGGAGUCUGUGUCUGUCCUGUCGCACAGCUUCAUGAAUCAUGAGAAUAGGAUCGUUGUCUGCAGGACUGCGAUCGUAGAUCUUGGUCUGCAGACGAUGGAUCCAGGAUUGGCUCCUGAUGGAUCCAAAUGCGGAGUUGAGAGGAUGUGCGUUAAGCAGAAAUGUCGUCCGAUCGCUAGUUUGCGAUUAGAAGGAACAGGAGUUGCCUGUCCCGAUGACUGCAACGGGAAAGGGGUUUGCAAUAGCCAAGGGCACUGCCACUGUGACAGAGGAUUUGCUCCACCCUUCUGCGAUGCACCAGGACCCGGAGGAUCUGUCGAUAGUGGUCCAGCAUCGAAUCCAAAUGCUGGAGUUGGAUUCACCACUGCCAUGUACAUCUUCUUCCUGGGCAUUGUCCCAUUCUGCGCUCUGGUGGCCUUCCUGUUCUACUACUUCCGCCAAAAUCGCACAAUGAUCAAGAGAACGCCCCAAGUUCCUAAGCAACUUAUCAAGCAGAGUCCCUCGAAGAGUUUGUCACCGUCAUCCGGUGGGCAGCCAAAGUCCACUCCUAGUAGUCCUGAUGAUAUGAAUUCAGCUCUUCUGCGAUCGAGUCGACAGGAGCAGGAAUCGUCGUUGCUCAAUAACAAUAUGUUUGGGAAAUUCAAGGGAUUCACACUGAAACCCUUACCAAAUGCCACAUCUACAAAUUUUCAGGCUCCAAAUGUGGCCUUUGUGACACCGGUGACGAAGCAAAUUGAGGAGGAUUCUGGUGUGCCGAAUCGUAUCGCUCCGCCCGUUCCCAAGGUGCCUAACAAUGUAGCUUUAGUAACAAGGAGUCAGACACAGCUGAAGUCUCCGGUGAAGUCACCGACAGUUUCGCGUUCAGCUUCUGUAGAUCGUCCAGCACCGGCCUUGCCACCGCCCAAUCCGGGCACACAUGCCAGACCUCUGAUUUCCAGUCCGAUUUUGGAGGCUUCAACUUGCACAGCCAAGGAGCUGAUGUCACCGCUUAAGAAUUCAUCGGGAUCUGGGAAGUUUCCCGUCAGACCGGCGCCAACAGUACCUCAACCUGUUGCUGACACUGUGGAUGGGUAUGAUGCACCACUCCCUAAAGAGCCAAAGGGUGGGACACUGAAGAGAAUCACGUCGUUUCUGAAGAAGGAGGAGAAACCACCGGUUGAAAAGAAACCACAUCGGGUGAUUGACAGGGAGCGCCUCAAGACAAUUGAGAUAUCCGCACCCAUUCCCCUUCCUGAAACCAACAAAACUCUCAACAGGACGCAGAGUAUGAGGUCACCGACACGCAAAGCUCCUCAACCUGCUUUUGGGUCGAUGCGUGGACCAUCACCUCUGAAGAGACCACCGAGUAUUGUGGGGAAUCGUCCAAAGUCGCCGCCACCCCCAAGACCACCUGCUCCACCCUCACUUCCGCUCACUGGAAAUGGAUAUCAGAAGCCGCCACCGCCGAAAAAGGUCAACUCACCGGAGUAUGCAGAUUGUCAAGAUGGGGAAGCUCCUCUAGCACAUAUCAGUGAAGAGUCAACCCCGGUUACACCUCCUGACAACAUCUACUCUGUCAUCGAGGAGUCACCGACACCACCCAAGAUGCCCAGUCCUCCCAAAGGUGGCAGUAUAUCCACCAGUGUGGAGAGUAUGGGUCUUCUUGGGGAGAUUGUCAAUGAGAUUGAAAAUCGCAACCUAGAUUCUAUUUAUUCUGUGUCUACGCUCAGGAAGAAGAAGUCUCAAGGAGAUGAUGAUCAAACUUACGCUAAUACGUCACAAACGCAAGAGUCCGAAGAUGAAUAUAUGAAUAUGAAGUCAAAUUCUAGCACAACUUCCAGCGGAUACCUCCGACCGACGUCUAUCAAUACGCCAAUUGCGAGGAUUGCUCCGACAAAAACUCCUGAGAAACCCGUACAGCCUGCUCCGUUUAGCAGUUUUCGCUCUCCAUCGUCCGCAGCGCCAACAGUAACUGCGGCGAGCACUGUAACUUCAACUGCACCGGCAGCGGUUGAAGUGGUUCCUGCGAAGAAUGGGAAGAAGAAUGAUGCAAAGGAAGAAGACAAGAAGCCCAAGUAUCAACCUUAUCACACUUCCAUCAAUCGUCCUGGUCCAUAUGCUGCUUCCUACAGGACAGGCACGAAGAAGGACGAACGGGAUCCGAAGCUACCAACAGUCAGAGCGAGAACGCCAUCACCAAAGAAGAAUCCGGACGUUGUGCCAUCAAAUCCACCGCCUCCGGUUAAGUCAAAGCCACCGGAUGUGGUGAAUAAUGGCCCAACGAAGCCCCAGACACCGCAGAAACCCAAUAUCAUAGCUAAACCGAGGCAGAACUCGGUGACAGAUGCAAAGAAGCCUAAUCUGCCAAAAUGGCAGAAUCCUCGAGAGAAUUCUAAAGUUCCCAAAACCCCUACGGACUCCCAACCUCUUCCCAAUGGCCAGGCACCUGUGAUGGCCUCCUCCAAGAGCCGCAUCCUCACGGCAGCAGCCCGUCCCGCCGGAAAAGCGUCCACAGUGGCGGCCCUGCAGCAAAAAUUCGAAAACGGGAAAAAGUGAUAGUAUUGUUAUCUGUCUGUAACUUCGUGAAAAACAAAAACCGUGCACAAUUGUGUGAAUGCAGAUGAUAUUUUUUGGAUAAAAACAAAAAGUCUGCCUUUUAUAAGUGUUAUAAAGAAAUUGGACAUUUUAAUCAAUUGAUGUUAGGGACACAAAAGUCUUAACUUACACCUAAGAAUCACAAUUUACUAUAACGCCAGUUUUUUGGUGCUUUUAUUACUUCUCGAAAGAUUAAAAAGAAAAAAAAAUGACGACAAACAAAUAGAUAUUGCAUGAGUUUUUAUUGUGCAGCUUCUGGGGACAUCCCAUUUUAUUUACAAACCCUUCGAACUUUUAUAUGAGUUUCUUCUCAACCGAAGUUUAAAAGGGUUUACUUUCUUGAUGAUUAUUUUCUUAGACUGAUUUGGAUUUAGGAUAAGAUGGUGUCCAGAAGAAAAAAAUUAUACAAAUCAAAAUUUAUUGAAGUGAUGUUUAGCUCAUUUUCCUCAUCGGAUUGCACUUAUUUCGCAAGAAACAACUACACUUUACUUUUAAGAUUAUAUAUUUUGAUGUAUAUAAUAAGCCAAAGAUGUUUUUUUUCAGAAAUAAAAUCAUAUGAAAAAGUGAAUAAA